GAGAGAGUAUUUAAAUCAGAAGAUUUCGAGGAAACUACACCUUGGAGACAGCUUUUCUCGUUAUAUUCACUAAGUCUUGGUUUAUUUCCCAGCUUAACUUUUCAAGAUGAUUCACGGAAGGAACAGUGUAUUGGCUCUGGUCGUUGUCACGCUGUUGACAAUAUUCGCUUCGGGGAUGGCUCAAACGAGAACGAUCCAACUGAAACCUUUCAGGGACAUUGGCUGCAAAGGAGAAUACGAUACGUCCAAGUUUGCUCGCCUGAACCGAGUUUGUGAAGAAUGCUACAACUUGUACGUAGCACCGGAGGUCGUACUUAAGUGUCGGGCCAACUGUUUCAAGAAUGACAUGUUUACCGCCUGUGUCGACGUUCUGUUGCUGGAAAGGGAAAAGUCGAAGUUUGAAAGCUUCGUUAACAUCUUACUGGGAGACAAUGAAAGACCGUGAUUCGCCCACGCCGAUUAAAUAUUCAAUCCAUUAUGCCAUGAAUUAUUAUGGUUAUUGUUUCUAGUUCAACAGAGUAUUUUCACUGUUAAAAUCAAUACGCAAAGUUUAAUUCGAAAUUAUAAUUGUUAUGAUGAAAAAUAUUCUUGCAUUUACUAAUCAUAAAGCUAGCUUAUAUAAUAAUUUGAGUUAUCAUUUUGGCAAGUGCUAUUAUUGCUAAGCCUGAAUCGUAAUAUUUGUAUUUUUUCUGUAUGUGUGAACUGUAGCAUUUAAUUGGCUUCUUUUUUUCAAAAUAGUAUAA